CUUUUGUUUCCAAGGGUGGGAGAGGUCUGAGGUGUGAAUGGUCAUUAACAUAUCUUUUGUUUCCAAGGGUGGGAGAGGUCUGAGGUGUGAAUUGGUCAUUAACAUAUCUUUUGUUUCCAAGGGUGGGAGAGGUCUGAGGUGUGAAUGGUCAUUAACAUAUCUUUUGUUUCCAAGGGUGGGAGAGGUGUGAGGUGUGAAUUGGUCAUUAACAUAUCUUUUGUUUCCAAGGGUGGGAGAGGUCUGAGGUGUGAAUGGUCAUUAACAUAUCUUUUGUUUCCAAGGGUGGGAGAGGUCUGAGGUGUGAA